AUGCAGAACAAGCUCUUUACAGCCGCAGCCCUUCUCGGUGCUAUGGCAUCAGUUCACGCCUCUCCCGUCACCAAGCAAGUCAAGCGAGACGUCCUCACUGCCCUUCCUGAAGGUGCGGAUGAGAUUGAGCUCAAGUUCCAACCUUCUCUCGACUUUGACAGUGAUGGCUGCUACCAGACUGCUGCCAUUGACCCUGAUGGUAACCUCAACCCUGGCCACGAUGCCACGGGUACCCCUCAGGGAGAUUGUCGCGAUCCUCCACAGCUGGAGAACAGCAACACCUAUUCUCGCAAGCGCUGUAACAACGGCAUCUGUGCUAUUAUGCAAGGCUUUCUUUAUACAUACUUCGAGAAGGAUCAAAGUGCACUAGCCACUUUCGCCGGUGGUCACCGCCACGACUGGGAGAACAUCGUCGUGUUCGCCAAGGACGACACAGUCCUUCGUGUCGCUCCUUCAUGCCAUGGUGGUUAUGGUGGCGCCAGCAACGAUUUCCCUAUCGACGGAACAAGCCCUCUUCUCGUCUACCACAAGGACGGCGCCGGAACCCACUGCUACCGUUUCGCAAAUGACGAUGAUCGUAACGAGCCCGAGAACCCUACUGGCUCGUUCUUCAAGGCUCCUCUCGUUGGAUGGGACAACUGGCCCGAUGUUGGUCUCCGAGACAAGAUGCUCCAGAACUGGAAUGGUGGUGUUGGACCCAAGUUGGAUGAUGAGUUUGGUGACUCCCUCAAGGAUGCUGCCGGUGACGGUGUUGAAGGCUUUGACCCUUACGCCGACGAGUAG